AUGGUUGGUCAUCCAAAGCUGAGGAUUAAUGUCCCUAAGUCACCGGCGGCCACAACCACAAUGAUGCAGAAAAACUUCCACUUCUACUUCAAAGACAAAGCUAUUGCUAGUGACAUUGAGAAUGUGAGCUUAAUGGCUAAACCAAAGACAUCACUUGGCUCAGUCUUCUCUAGUCUCCUUGGAAACAAGAGACUUUCAGUUCCGAAAUGUCCAAUUAAAGGGAAGAAGAAUGGGAAAGAAAGACACGAUGUCGCUGCAAUGGCACUGCAAAAUGAGUUUGAACCAAAACCGGACGUAACUGCAUUAUCUCAGCUUCUUUUACUUGAGCAGGCAUUGGAGAACGGUCAAAGAGGUGAAGGAAAGCAUAGCAGAAUGGACAAGCAGCGUCUGAAAAUAUUAUUGGGUUUUCUAGAGAAGAGAAAAGAGUUGAAUAGUUUCAUUACAUCCAAAUGGAGGGCUAGUAAAAACAAUUUGUAUGCUGUUGUAGCCCGGUUUGGACAAGUUAGGAGGAAUGUUAGUUCGGGGCAUUUGAUCAAGAUUCCCUCCAAAUUUGUGGUCAUUGGCUUCAAGUUGAAGAUGAUAAGGUCUCUUGGGAAAAAGAAAGUGACACAGCAAUUUAAAGAGGAAAGCGAUGAGGAUAAUGACAGAGAACUGUGCAAAAAAAGGAUUCUCAUGGGACAAAGAUGCAGGCCCUUGUUUUCUCCUAGCCCCCGCUACCUGAGUUAUGAUCAAGACAGGUUUCUCUUGCCAAAAAUUACUUCUUGA